AUGUUGGUGGUGGUGGUCGUGCAGCUGGUGCUGCUACUGGUGAUGAUGCAGCUGCUGCUGGUGAUGAUGCAGCUGCUGCUGAUGACAGUGGAGGUGUUGAGAUCCUUCGAGGUGGUGGUGGUGUUGAGAUCCUUCGAGGUGGAGGUGUUGAGAUCCUUCGAGGUGGUGGAGGUGUUGAGAUCCUUCGAGGUGGUGGAGGUGUUGAGAUCCUUCGAGGUGGUGGUGGUGUUGAGAUCCUUCGAGGUGGUGGUGGUAUUGAGAUCCUUCGAGGUGGUGGUGGUGUUGAGAUCCUUUGAGGCGGUGAUGGUGUUGAGAUCCUUCGAGGUGGUGGGGGUGUUGAGAUCCUUCGAGGUGGUGGAGGUGUUGAGAUCCUUCGAGGUGGUGGAGGUGUUGAGAUCCUUCGAGGUGGUGGAGGUGUUGAGAUCCUUCGAGGUGGUGGAGGUGCCUCCGCCUGCUCCGACCUCGGUGCAAAGUGACCGCUCUAAAGGAGAGCCUCCAGACUUCAGUGACCUCGGGUAA